AUUCGAAAGUUACCCGCUUACGCAUGCGCCAUUUCGGCCGGAGUUCGGUUGUUUACGAGAAUUUUGGUUGUCAUACAGAGCACCGAAUCCGUGAAAUUGUGAAGCCGUAGCAAGUGUUUCGGAACGAAAUGGCGAGCAAGCAGAUUGUGGAACGUGCCAAGUCAGCCCUAUUGUACACCAAAGAUCUUCUGCUAGAGGAAGACGAUGAAGUAGAGGACGAAGAUUACACGGCUGAGGACGGUGAUGAAAGCGAAGGUGAAAACUGCAACGGAAGCGAUGCAGAUGCAGCAGCAGCAUCAAACGGUGGCAAAGAUGGCCAGCAAGAAAAUGAUGGUGCAAAGGCGCUGGCGACCAAAUCCGACAAGGACCCAGCCAAAGGCAAGAAAUCAUCCAAGGGUGUUGGUAAGACGCUGAAAAGCGUGUUAAGUGCCGCAGCGGAUCCGUUUGGCAUUCGGAAAACGGAUUUUAAAAUCGGCGUAAAUGUUGGGUUUGAAGCUGCAAGACAGAAAGAUCGUGGAGACCGAGGAACGAACGACGAGCGACGAUGUGAUGCGCCAUCAUUAGUUGAUCCAAAGAAGUUGAAGAUUUUGGAAAAAGAAAAUGUGUCGUUGGAAAGGUUGGCCAACAAAUAUCUCGAAGGCUGUAUUCGUUUAAGGCAAAAAGUGUUGGAACUUUCAAAGGUGGAGGAACAGCUGUCUACGUUGCAAGCUGAUAAGGAUGCAGUCAAGGCAGAAUUGCUUCAACUUCAAACGCUUCAUCGAGACUUCAAAUCCAAUGCAGAAACACAAGGAAUGGAGCAUCGGAACGAAGUGAAGCGGCUUAACUUGGAGCUAAAGAAUGCUUCGGAAGAUAUGGAAAAGAUGAAAUCAACGAAUAAAGAACACGUUCAUGAGACGGGCAGAUUGAAGAAAGAGCUGGAAACGAUUUCCAAGCAAAAAGAGGAUAUGGCAAACCAGUUCCAGCAGACGGAAUCGUCUCUUAGCAGUGAGAUGAACAAACUCGAACUGUGCUUGCAGCAGACCAGAAAGGAGAAAACCGAACUACAGGAGCGCAUUCUUCAGAUUCAAGCUGCCUCGCAAACCGCAGAAGCCCAGCUCAGUGAAUCGACCACCCAGAACGUGGAACUGCAGCAAAAAUUGCGAGAGGCCGAAAGCGAGAACGGCAGGCUUAACACACUGUUGGCAGCUUCCAAUGCAAAAAUAUUGGAGCUAAAGCGUGCAAUACAGAUCUUGGAGACGAAUCCCUCGACAACGACUGCGGUCCAAGCGCAAGGAGGCGGCAGUCGAUCGUACUCCUGUCCCAUUUGCGGAGCAGAGUUUAGCAGCCUGGCCAAUAUGCAGCUCCAUGCAGAGGAUUGCUGCUAAUGAACACUCAGAGGUCCAACGUCAAGGUACAUUUUAUUCCCCCCCCCCCACAUUCCCUUUCCUCCGUUCCCUCUCUUCCUUGCGCGGUGAAUCGUCAAUAAGAAACACUUUUACUAUGAAAAAGCUAGAAGGGCGUCUCACUCACUAGCGCCAUCUGUUAGUGAGUAGAUUCAUCACUCAAAAGGGUAUCGUUUUUCGAAAUUUUAAGUAAUCUUGGGUAGAAUUAUUUUUGAUAGUUUUUUUCCUCAGCCUCCGCUGAAUUGCUAAUAUUACUAGUUUAUCUGACUCGUGCUUGAUCACACAUGAUCUGUUAAAUCGAUUAUACAGAUGGGUAACUAUAAACCAUGCACGCUAGUUGAACAAUGCCUUCACGAUGUAUUACGACGAGAUAUGAUAAAAUAAAGCAUGUUCGUUAAAUGGUCAUU